CUAAGCGUGACGUCAUGCAGUGCAUUUCUGGGGAUGCUUAUCUGUUCAUUUCUGUUGGGCAACGGCGGUUUUUCACAGGGUCUUCUAGAUGGAAGUCCAGCUUCUAAAAGAAACUUGUUGACUGUUUGCCUUCUGACUCGAACUACUGCAGGCCAGAUGUUUCUCAGUUGUUUGGCCGGCAUGAACCGUUGCUGGUGGCAAGUCUAUCUCUUGCGUCGGUUAAUCUCGAUCUACCACUCCGAGGCCUGUCCCUUACAUGAUGAGUUUGGUGCCAUUUUUAUGUAAACCCCAAUCCAUUCCCUACUCCAAAAUGUACUAAUAAUAUGGGAUUCCGGACUUCCAUUUCGAGGACUACCAUCACUGUCACCAAACCGUCCCUGUCGAUUUUCAGCGCUUUGACAAUGUAAAGAGGUAAAGGAAGUAGAUGAAAUUCUAAAUACAUUCAUUUGUCCACCCACGUUGCUCAAGGUAAAGCUGAAAAAUAGCAAAUGCCAUUUCUGGUUUACGGUCCAUGCAAUGGUUCUUGCAGACCAGUCACUCUCCUUCGUCUGUCAACCCCGGUGAUUUUUACGUGGGAAAUCUGGGUUGAAUUCUUGAAGCAUGGAGCCUUCUUUAAUCAAUCCUUUUUUUAAAUCUCAAUCUGCAAAUUGUGCGACGACUGCAAAGCUAAUUUGCUGCACGGUUCAAAUCCCCUAAGCUUUGGCAGCGUAAAAAGACGCCUGUCGUCUCUGGCACUAGUCUUCUUUGGAUGGCCACUGCGUGGUACUUUAUGGGCAUCGCCAAUGCCAUCCAUCCUUCUGUAAACCCCGCAUACAGUCUGACCAGACACCAUAUCUGGCGGCUGUGUGGGGACAUCUAUACCCGCCUCCUUCAGAGAAACAAUUUCUUUUCUUUUUUCAUUUGUGAGCUCCCGUACCUUCACCGUGGUAGAAACUUGACAGCCAGAAAGUCGUUAAACAAACGAUGAGACCCUUUAUAGUGUACAUGGAUCAAAAUCCAUCACUUGUUACGCGAACAAUAAACCGUGAAACACUUUUUUACGAACAAAUCCCCGUCACAUAUAGAGCACUAUUUACACAGAUAGUGCAAUACUUUUGUCACCCCUCCGUUUCAUUUAGUAGAAUAAAUGUGCAAUAAUCCUUGAGGUGAAAUGCGUUUCAACCAUAAAGUAUUGUGGGGCAGUUCUCAAACUUGCGUCUUCAGUAUGACGAGUGCGUAUGUAUUAUACGUCUCCCUGACUCGCUGCCUGUCAGUAACAUCUCCCGUAUUGUCAAUAUACCUAUAUAAUUUAUUAUGUAUGUAAGCUAAUAUAUAUGUAAGCUGUAUACAUGAAGGUCAGGCCACUAAUGCAUGAGGAUUAUUCAAAUCACGUACAGCCUAAAAUGCUAAAAUAAUGCAACAGAGUAGAAAACCUUGGCCUCUUGAAAUAUUGUGUCUAUUUUGUUGAGAAAUCAAACGUAGUUUUCCAGCUUUUCCCGAUGUCUUCACGAAAACAUAUCAUAUGGAAUGGCGUACGUAUAAAACACUGCCCGGGACUUGAAACACGAUUGCCUACGAUCCGAGAUUGGGAUGUAGCAGAUGAUGUUAUAUUUGUCACUUCAUUCCCAAAGACCGGUACGUACUGGAUGAUGAAGACUGUCAGUAUUUUGGUAGAUGCGAAUCGGAAAUAUAACGGAGACGUCGAUAUCCCAGACUUUGACUCAGUAUCUUCUUGGCUGUUUUUGGAGGAAUUGGAAAGAGAGCAACUGUUAAUGCCAAUUAGACCAUCAAUGGUAGUAACAACACAUAUCCCAAGAGGUCUGUUGCCUGUAAAGAUAUGGAAAAAUAAUAAAGUAAUCCACACAUUACGGAAUCCCAAAGACACUGCCGUAUCGCUGUAUUUUUAUCAAAGAGACAGAGGUUUCUGCAUGGGUGAUUUUGAGCAAUUUCUACAGGGAUUCAUGGAUGGAGAACUGGCACAUGGCAGUUGGUUUGACAAGGAGCUGGACUGGUGGACACACGAGAGACAAAACCCAAACGUUCUGUUCAUGAGUUACGAGGAGCGGUUGAAGGCACCCGAAGAAUCUACAUGGAAAUUAAUUGAGUUCCUUGGACUAUAUAAUAUACCCAGGGACAACUACUUUCUGCAAGACGUAUUGAAAAGAACCUCGUUUGAAUCCACGAAAGAGACAGACGGCCCUGUGAUUAAUAGAAGUUUAGAUUUUAAAACUGGAAACUUUUUCAGAAAAGGGCAUGUUGGUGACUGGAAGAAUUUCUUGACAGUAAAACAGAAUGAAGAAUUUGACAAAGUAUACCGUGACAAAAUGAAGGGUAGCGACAUCCCCAUACAGUUUGAGGGAUAACUUUUUUCUCAAGCGUGCAUAUAUACUGCAUAUAUACUGUAUAUAUCCUGGAAAUUCCACUGGUAGGUUUGAGAAAUAUGAAUAUAUAACACGAUUUUACAUAAACGGGAUAUGAAAUUCAUAAAUGUGCUACACUGAGAAUAAAAUCGGAGUCCAAGUGACUCCAAACUUGGAGGCCAGC